CGCACCCUCCGAGGCAGACUGUUUGGCCGGUUCCUGGUUUCGUUGUUACUGUAUCCAUACCGCUCGGUGAUCCAAAAACCCUCCCCCUAGGACAGGGAAGGCGAAGUUUCCCCGCUUCAGACAGAGCUCUCGGCACCGGCUCUCUGAUUCGUCGUCCCGGCUCCGGAGGGGGCACGGUGUGGUCAGUUCGGCGGCCCGGUAACAAAAGGGGAAGCAGAAGAGAGGAGCUCGGAGAGCGGCUGGCAGCGCGGGGGAGCUCAGCCUGCCGGGGGAAGCUCAGCAGCGGCCGCGCAGGGGCGAGGGGCCCAUGGCUGCGGGCGGCGGGUGAGGAGCGGGCGGAGGGCAGCGUCCCCGCCCGCGUCAGAGGCGAGGAGCGGCUCGGGGUGUCCCAUGGGCGGCCGGGCCAGCCUUGCGUGUCGCGGGAGAGAGCUGACUUCCCCGUCCCGCCGCCGCUCCGCGCAAGAGGAGGCCGAGACGAUGGUUCAGCCUCAAGAAACAGCUUCAAGGUCUCACACCUUCAAAACGAAGUCUUUUAAGAAAUACAAAGCCUGUGGAAUCUGCAAACAAGUAAUUGAUAGCCAAGGCAUUUCCUGCAGAGUUUGCAAGUAUGCCUGCCACAGGAAGUGUGAAGAAAAGGUGGUGACACCCUGCUUUUUGCCAAGCAACUACGAACUGGCCAAUAACUCUGAGACCAUUAAAAACCAUGUAACCAGAACUAAUUCCAGCAGUACUUCAAAGAAUUCCUCUUUCAGUUGUGACAAAGGAUCACGAAGUGCAGACUUUGAUCACAUUAUGGAGGAAGGCUAUGAGCUUGACCUCACCUACAUCACAGAGCGGAUCAUCGCUGUCUCCUUCCCUGCUAGCUGCUCUGAGGAAACUUACCUCCACAAUCUGCAGGAUGUGACCCGAAUGCUCAAAUCCAAACACGGGGAUAAUUACUUGGUGUUAAAUCUCUCUGAAAAGAGAUAUGACCUCACCAAGCUUAACCCAAAGAUUGUGGAUGUGGGGUGGCCUGAUCUCCAUGCUCCACCUCUUGAUAAGGUGUGCACCAUCUGCAAGGCUAUGGAGUCAUGGCUGAACAGUGAUCCUCAACACGUGGUGGUGAUCCACUGCAGAGGAGGAAAAGGUCGGAUAGGCGUUGUCAUAUCGUCAUACAUGCACUUCACCAACGUUUCUGCCAGUGCUGACCAAGCUCUAGACAGAUUUGCUAUGAAGAAAUUCUUUGAUGAUAAAGUUUCAGCUUUAAUGCAGCCAUCCCAAAGAAGAUAUGUGCAGUUCUUAAGUGGCCUUCUGUCUGGAUCUGUGAAAAUGAAUGCAAGCCCUCUUUUCCUGCACUAUGUUAUCCUUCAUGGCAUCCCAAGCUUUGAUGGUGGGAGAGCUUGUCAGCCUUUUCUGAAGUUGUACCAGGCUAUGCAACCAGUUUAUACAUCUGGAAUAUAUAGCAUAGGAUCAGAAAACAAAAGCCGAAUCUGCAUUGCUAUAGACCCUGCCCAGCUUUUGAAGGGAGAUAUUAUGCUGAAGUGCUACCACAAAAAGUACCGCUCAGCUACUCGGGAUGUCAUCUUUCGCCUGCAGUUUCACACUGGAGCUGUUCAAGGAAAUGGGCUGGUCUUUGGCAAGGAGGACUUGGACAAUGCUAACAAAGAUGACCGUUUCCCUGAUUACGGCAGAGUGGAAUUAGUGUUUUCAGGAACUCCAGAGAAAAUUCCAGGAUGCGAACACUUUCAGAACGAGCACGGAGUGGUGGUGGAUUACAAUACCUCUGACCCGCUGAUACGCUGGGAUUCCUAUGAGAAUGUGAGCCCUGAUGGGGAAGUGCUGCAUACCCAAGGUCCCAUUGAUGGCAGUUUGUAUGCAAAAGUGAGAAAGAAGAGCUCUUCAGACAGCAGCAUCCCUGGUGUUGCACAGGGUGUUCCCAUGACUGCUAGUCCCGAUCACAGUGAUCAUACCCUGUCGGUCAGCAGCGAUUCAGGACACUCAACAGCUUCGGUCAGGACAGACAAGACUGAGGAGCGCCCUGUGCCAGGAGUCAAAAGAGGUCUGAGCCCACAAGAGAAGGCAGAACUGGACCAGCUGCUGAGUGGCUUUGGUCUGGAGGAUUCUGUCAGCACCAGCAAGGAUAUGAGUGAUGCUCGAGGCAAGUACAGUGGGAUUCGCCACGUAGUGCCCGCUCAAGUGCACGUGAACGGAGACAGCAAGCUGAAGGACAGGGAGACAGACAUCCUGGAUGAUGAAAUGCCUAACCAUGACCUCCACAGCGUGGACAGCAUCGGCACCUUGUCUUCCUCAGAAGGACAGCACUCUGCCCACCUGGGGAACUUCAGCUGCCACAAGAGCAGUCAGAAUUCCCUUCUGUCAGAUGGCUUUGGAAGCAACAUUGGGGAAGAGCAUCACAAUGCUUUUGCCCCAGACCUGGGAAUUGGUGUGGAUCCCCUCUAUGAGAGAUCAUUUGGAAGCACUGAGACAAAGUCAACUCAGCAAUUGCAACGGAAUCCUUCUGUCCCCCCCCAGCCUCAGGACUAUGGCCCAAGUAACUACUCUACUCAGACCUGGGUGCGCCAGCAGCAGAUGGUCACUGCUCACCAGUAUGGUUUUGCCCCAGAGAAUGAAAUCAGGGUUGGCAUUCACAGCACUGCAGAGAGCUCAGGCACCGCCCAGAGCCCCUCCCGAGUCCCAGACACCCCAACGCGUGGCUCCAGCAGCAGAGAUGCUGUGCAGAGGGGCCUAGGAAGCGUGCCAGGUUCUGAAGCUGCAGAACAUGCCAGUGCUGAGAGUUUUAAGUCAAGGCCAGUGCCUCAGAGGGACACAAAUGGCCUAGAUCUAGAACAGAACACGGGAGACUUGCCAGCUUCUCCGACUUUGGAUAUCGAUCAGUCCAUUGAACAGCUGAACAGGCUGAUCUUGGAGUUAGACCCUACAUUUGAGCCUAUCCCAACCCGCAUUAACAGUGUCACCAGGGACAGAAAUCAAGUAAAUGGCUUCACCAGCCUGGAUGUUGAUGUGGAAGGGCUUGGCAGAAGUCCUGGCUUCCAGGAAAAAUUAGAGGUCACAAACAGAAGUCCCUCCCAGCACGCACCAGGUGUGCAAGAUGAUGGUGCCACAGAGGGGAGGAUGAGAAAGUUAAGUGUUGGGCAGUAUGACAAUGAUGUCCCUGGGCAGCCAUUGUAUAACAAGCUUGGAUGGAUGAAGUCUCCUGCUGCAGACCAGGCUGUAAAUCCAGGAUCACCAAUCCUUGUGAGGAAGACCAAGGAGAUGGCUGCUGCACGUUACCAAGAUGAAAUAGAUGGGGAAGUCUUCUCUCCUGCCAAAAAUGGAAAUGAAACUGCCCUAUCCACACCAGCUUUCCCCCUGUCACCAGAGACAUCCUAUGUGAAAUCACCUCCCCUCUACCACCAGCGGAUUCCCUCCAGCCAAAAGGUCAGCAGCCCAUCUGAGCUGUACAGAACCAGUCCUGAAUCUCCAAGUUACCCGGAAGCUCUUGGCCACGCUCUGACGUCUGACAGCUCUGUGGGCACUAACCCUGCUUUGCUGAAGGCCAACAUGCAGACAGAUCCCUCAUUUCAGCACUGUUUCUCCUCUUCAUGCACUGUUUCAAGUAACAGUCCUGUCCCAGGUGGAGAAAGUUCUUCUGCACCAGAACUUCCUUGGGUCGAGAGCAGCUCUAAGGUUUCCUCAUCACUCCAGUUUUCGAUGGGAAACAGCAGGCAGCCAGGAGGUUACCUUGUGCCCUCUGAGUUCUCAAAUGCUGUGCAAGAUGGCUCUCUCUUGACUCGUUUCCAAACUCCAGGACUGCAAGUCGUCACCCUGAACAGUCUGGAGAGCUCCCCAGCAGAGCCACAGCAAGAACCUGCUGUCAGCAGCAGUGCCCGGUCCUACCUGAGCUACGCUGGGGGCAGCAGGAGCAACAGCUCCCCCCGAGAGGAGAAGCAAGCUGCUUUCACAGCCAAUGCUGGCGUCUCUCCUAAAACAGUGAGCUCAGCAGUGGCAAGUGCCGAGGACAAUGGCUCUUUGACACAGAACUUUCUUACAGUGGCCUCUGGACACAGCAGCCAGAACAGUUUGGCUCAGCAGCAGCACGGAGGGAAGCUACAGGCCCAGCCACCUCUCCCAGAGAAAAAGCGCUCCUCUGAAGGAGACCGCUCCUUUGCCUCUGUGUCACCUUCUUCAAGUGGCUUCUCUAGCCCCCACAGUGGAAGCACAAUCAGCAUCCCCUUCCCAAAUGUCCUCCCAGAUUUCUCAAAGACGUUAAGCACUUCCCCAGUGCCAGAGAACACAACAGAUAAACAGGUGACUGUAAAAUUUGUCCAGGACACAUCCAAGUUCUGGUAUAAGCCAGAUAUUUCAAGAGAACAAGCCAUUGCUGUUCUGAAGGACAAGGAGCCUGGCUCAUUCAUUGUCAGAGACAGUCAUUCCUUCCGGGGAGCCUAUGGGCUGGCCAUGAAAGUUGCUACACCACCUCCUUCUGUGCUGCAGUUGAACAAGAAAGCUGGAGAUCUGUCAAAUGAACUCGUAAGGCAUUUUCUGAUUGAAUGCACUCACAAGGGGGUACGCUUGAAAGGAUGCCCAAACGAACCAUACUUUGGCAGUUUGACAGCUCUGGUGUAUCAGCAUUCCAUCACGCCGCUGGCAUUGCCCUGCAAGCUUCUCAUCCCAGACAGAGAUCCCUUGGAGGAGAUAGCAGAAACUUCGCCACAGACUGCUGCGAACUCGGCUGCAGAGCUUCUCAAACAGGGGGCAGCAUGUAACGUUUGGUACCUGAAUUCAGUGGAGAUGGAGUCCCUCACAGGCUACCAGGCAGUGCAGAAAGCCUUGAGCACGACGCUGAUGCAAGAGCCUUCUCCCGUCUCCACCGUUGUCCAUUUCAAGGUGUCUGCACAGGGAAUCACCUUGACUGAUAAUCAGAGAAAGCUCUUUUUUCGGCGACAUUAUCCGGUCAGCACUGUUAUUUUCUGCGCUUUGGAUCCCCAGGAUAGAAAGUGGAUGAAAGAUGGCCUUUCUGCAAAAGUGUUUGGGUUCGUUGCCAGGAAGCAGGGCAGUGCCACAGACAACGUGUGCCACCUAUUUGCAGAGCAUGAUCCGGAGCAACCCGCCAGCGCUAUUGUGAACUUUGUAUCAAAGGUCAUGAUUGGAUCUCAGAAGAAGAUCUGAUGCCUUUUCACCCUUGCCUCUGCGCUCUUCAGUCCUGUCACUGAAGGAAAGCACUUUGAGAGGGAGAAGGCCUUGUCAGCAGCAACGUCUGAACCUUGUCAUUCCCAAGAAGGAAAGCAGAGGACAGUCAUCUGCAUUGUGUUUGCAAGAGUUCAGCCUUUCCUUUGGAGAUGCCUCUGACUGAAAGCAUUUCUUUGAUUUUGUAUCGGAGGACAAAAGGAGCUGGGUGCCACCCAGGCCCACGUAGCCCACACCUGAAUGAAGUGUAAAAUGAAACCUUUUCUCCUGAAGGGUUUCUGAUGUCUUUUUCACAUGCUGUUUCUCAUCAUUUAUUGGAGCAGAAAUACUCACUCGGCUGUGCUACUUAUUUUUGUGUGCAGAAAACCUUUUGUAUAACCUUCACAAAGACACUUGCCUUAAUUGCAUCAGUGGUAGCUGUAGGCCUUGCCAACGUGCUCUGAAGAAAAUAAUGGUCUGAGGAAGACUGUUUGCUCUUCCCUUUGUCUUUAUGUGAUCAGUGGUGGGAGCUGAAUGGAGAAAGGGGGGGGGGGUGUAUGUGAAGAGGAGGUUUGUGCAAGUUGACUUCUCGUCAGAAAGAAGUGGCAGUGUGGAACGUUCAGGGACAUUGCUCUGUGAUUAGUGUUUAGAAGGUUGGGCUGGUUUAGUCUGAAGAGUGUCAAAUAAGGAAGAGGUGGCAGAACAAAAACAAAGGUUGUGUGAAAAAUCUAGCCUGUACUUAGGGGGGGGUUGUAUCAUUUUUGUUUUAUACAGAGAACUAGGGAGGGAAGAGUCUGUAUUUUAAUAAAUGCAAGAUAAAAAAUGAGGGAAAAGCAAAGAAGAAAAUGUUUAUAAUUUAUAUAUUUUUACCUGUGUCAGAUUAUUUAUAGUAGGUCUCAGAUCUUGGGAUGCUUUAUGGAUGUUCUCAAAGCAGACCAUGGUUGAGCUUUGCCUCUGUAGCACUACUUUGCAUAAGUAACAGUGUGUGUAGCCUGUGCCCUGGUUACAGGCAGUAGUCUCCUAGUUUGGCUUCUGUCUUACAGUGAGAAGAUGUUCCUCGGUUCCUGCCUCUCAUGCUCUUUUGCUAGUAACUUUAGUUCCCCCACCUGAGACACCAUUACCUUUGUGCCUCCUUUUUACUGGAGCUGUAGGCAUUUCUCUUUUUAAUUGUUUUAAUUGUGACCUGCAUUUUUUGAUUUAUCAUGACAUUUUUUAUCCUGCCUGGAGUCAGGAAAUCCAAAAGGGAAUGGAAUUGAUUUUGUUACCCUGUCCCGUUUCUUGCGGGCAUUUCUGGGAUGAUUUCUGCAACCCUCCCUCUUGUGGAUAUCAGUGCACCUUUCUGAACACGUUGGUGGUUUUUAACACCUAACAAAGUGCUGGUUGGCUUUACAGGACACUGAUGUAGGAAGUGACAGUGGAAACCUUCACGAGGAGAGUAAACUGCUGAAGUCUGCUGUCUGAUUCCUACUCGCUCCAAGCCAAGCAGACCCCUGUACCAGAACUGAUGGUAACAGACCAGCUUCAGUUUGACAGGGCUGAAUAGGUUUUAUUUGCCUCUGUUUUUCUGAUGUGUGGUUUAAAAUAUGAUGUUAAUAAUCUGAGGAAUAAAAUGACAUGCUGAAUUCAGCAUGCCAGUGAGUGAGGCACUAGACUGACUAGGAACUGUCUGCACUUGGAGGAUUUAAUGCUUUUUACUCACUUCUACUAAAUGAUGGCUACAUGGAAUGAGAUGUAUGGUGGGGGGAUGUAUGUUGAGAAGGUUUCAUCCAUUUGGGCUACAUUUGUCUAUUAUAAACUCUAAUCUGUUUAUUACUAAGCAGUUCUUUUCCUGUUUCCUAACACCUUAGGACCAUGGAAACCUUAGUCAGUGACCAUAGCCAAAGUGUUACCAAAUUAUUUGUGUAACUGAAUUUUGUAUCAAUAACUUCAUGCUUUUUAAAAUGGGAGGUGAGAGUGGGGACAGGGAGAAAAGGAGAGAGAAGAAGGAUUUGAAGUUUAAUCUCUUUGGAGCAGGAAGUGGUGUAUGAGUAGCAGUGGGCAUUGGAUGCAUGAGGAAGGGUGAAGCAAUCCAAAGUGUGCUAGCUACCGUUGAAGCAAUGAAGGCAAGUGCCUCUGAUUUGUACCAAUAAUUCUGUUCUUCUGACACAGAGGUGUGCUACUUAAAGGGUGUUCCUGUACCAUCCAAAUAAAGAGUGCAGUUCUUACUGCUAGGAGCUUCCUUCCAUUGGAAACAUGAGAGGAGAAGUUGCCCAAUCCAGUGAGCCAGUCAGAGUCCAGUGAAUUGCUUCAGUUGACAUCUCAGUUAGAGUUAACUCUCAGCUAGGUUUCAAUCUGAUGUGUUGCGAGCAUUGAAACGAGGAAGGGUUUUUUACUGUAUCUUUUCACUUCUGUAGAUGCUACUUAAAUUUUAGUGUCUCUUUGUUAGACACCAAGUGUUGGCCUUUGGGCCUAAGAUAGUCUUUUCUUUCCCCAUGUAUUAUUGUUUCCAUCCAGGGCCUUGUAUUUAUUCCUUGUGCUUUCUCAAGGCCUGCUGAAGUCAAGAGCAUAAGGAAUUGGAUGUUGACAUUUCCCAGUGUUUCUUGGGAGUUCAGCUCUACUUGGUAAGUGGGGGAGGGGGGAAGAAGUUGUCCUGUUUAUAAGGGAGGUUUUGUAUUAUGCAUUCCUUUUGGAUGUCCUAAUGCCACAUGCUUUUUUGCUUUUUAAUGAGCUAAAAAACCCACACAAAGCAAAAUAGUUCAGUGCCUACCUGUUGUAGCCUCUAGAAAGACACCCACCAAACUGAUGUUCACGGCAAAUACCAGACCUAAAUAGUUAAUGCAGCACUUCUCUUGCAGAGUUUUUGGUAGAUGUGUAUAUGCAGUUUUGUAACUGAGGACAGCAAGGUGACAACAUGUAUUUAGCCAGACUCCUAUUAACCUGCUUAGUAAAUGUACUACUACUAUAAUCAUACAGUGUUAAACUACAAGAAUGCUGAAAGCCAUGUUGUUAAUGAAUGGUUUCCCUGUAUCCAGCAGAAUCAUUAAAAAUUCAAUGUUUCCUUCUUGGAUUUACCUACUAGUGAAGAUUUUUGCCUUUUUUUUUUUUUUUUUUUCCCCUGAAACUGUAAAGAAGCAUCAAAAGGUCUCCAGUAUGUAAAUGAAUGUUCUAUAAAAUCUUUGUAUAGUCAUUUUUCUCUGCUCCUUUAGAUCUUCCCUCUUGAUUCAGGUUCUAAUAAAAUGCUGAAUGUGAAAUUUCA